AUGGCUACUUUUGACCGAGGCGACGAGCUAAAACAACAGGGUAAUUUAUGCUUUCAAAAGGGUAAAUUUCAUGCUGCUAUUGAUAUGUACACGGAAGCUAUUGUCAUGGCUCCAGGUCGUUCGAAAUAUUAUUCAAAUCGUGCUUUAUCUGUUAAAGCACUGGAGACGGCACUUUCGAGUGCAAAAAAACCCAAUACCAUUACGUUCCAGCAAGAUAUUCGGACGGAAUUACAACGAGUUAAAAAAGAGCAAUGGCAUUAUGAACAAAAACAACGACUUGUUCGUCAUGAAGAGGUCAAAUGUCAAUUGGUGCAACUGUUUCAAGCUCGACAAACGGCGGAACUCGUCGAAACGGAAAAAGAGGAUGCUUUGAUGGCAUAUGUGGAACACAUGGCUGCAUGUUUUGAAAAGGAGAUGUAUCCGGGCGAAAUUCCCGAGUAUUUCAUAUGUCCAAUUAGCAUGGAAAUUAUGCAGGACCCUGUGACAACUCCUAAUGGUGUCUCAUAUGAGAGACGAUGUUUGGAAACCCAUUUACAACGUAAUGGAGAGAUUGACCCGUUGACGCGAAAGCAAUUGACAGUCGAUAUGCUUCGACCCAAUAAGUCUCUAUGUGCUGCAAUUGAAGACUAUUUGAAGAAAAAUGUAUGGGCACUCGAGUAUUAG